AAAGACAGGCAUGUCAUGGUCGUGUACUUAACUGCUCUAAUUAAUAUAAUUUUCCUCUCUUGUUUUACUAAGAAAUCCAUAAAACGACCAACCUUUUGAUCUCAGCUAUAAAUAUAUAUUUUGUUCAAAGCAGAAGAAUUUACUCCCAAGGAAAAAAAGCUAGCUUAGAAACCGAGAGGAUCAUCCAAAGAUUGAAUAUACCGAAUCAUGCCUCCCAGUUCAUCAGAAGAAGAGAUGAUGAAGAAAAGGAGCAUAAUCUUCUCCAAAUCUUUGUCCUCCACUUGCAUUUCCAAAUGCUUGAGCAUAUCCAAGAAGAGCACCCUUCAGUCCUUACCGUCUUUUGGAAAAGGUCAUGCCAUAGAGCUGCUGGUCGAGGACGAGGACGGAGUCAAGUGGCCGUUCAAGUGCUCCAUAAGGAAGAAAGGUCCUCAUCCGAAGGCAGUUCUUCGCAAGGGUUGGCUUAGUUUUGCAAAAGCUAAAGGGCUUAGGGUUCAUGAUAAGGUAACUUUAUACAAGGAGAUUGAUGGGGUCAAGGUUUUUGGUGUUUUUUUCCCUUUUUCACGGUACACGAUUGAGUUUCAAAGGGCAGCUGCUGAUCACAGACGUGAUAUUGAGGUAGAUGAAGAUGAGCAGCAGAAGAGGGAAAAGGAAUCUACGUGUUUGCCUUCUUCUUCUUCUUCUUCUUCUUCAAUUAGCUUCACUGUUAUAAGGAAUGGUAUAAUUUGAUCAUGUUGAUAUAAUUAAGGUCGUAUACAUUUCUGAAACUAUCUAGAAUUUGAUUGAAGUAUUUCAAUCAAAAUAAUCUCUUUUU